AUGUCUGCAUCAUUGUUAACGAUCGAUACAUCCGAACUAUUUAUUCUUACCUUUCUCUACAGUAUCAUUUCAUUUAUUAUCGUCCUACCGCCCAGUGAACUGAUUUCGGCUGGUUUUUCUAUUCAAAAUAUCUUUUCAUACUUCUUUACCGAAAGCGAAGAGAUCACUUUUAUACGAUAUCAUAUUAAACGUGUAUCUAGUAAAUAUUUAGUACAGAGCUUUCUUCCUCUGGGAUACAUCUGUCUUCUGAUCUAUUAUUCUGAUUGGUCAUCUGGAUUCAUUCAAGCCUGUCAAAGUCUUUUUACCGAAACACCAAUAAUCCUUCGAUGUGUUUUAUAUAUUUGUCUGUUAACUCCACUUCUGUCGACACUAGUUGUUAUUCGCUGGCAUUUAAAUGAUUGUUUUCAUCAUCCAAUUGUUCGUCAACUGCGUUUAUUUAUUCAGACCAAUUCUCAACAGCAAGAACAAACAUGGCAUGCAGUUGAAUCUUCAAUUAAUACAGAAUUUCGACGUUACGAUAAGUUUUCAUGUGGCUCAGCAUCCUCCAACGUUCGCUGCUAUGUGCUUGAUUCCUGGAUAUUGAAAUGUUCGAUGUAUCACGUGAACAUCGCUCAACAAUCGAACGUACGAGUGGAAUUAGACGAAGCGCAUGAUAUUCACUUACAAGAAACCAACGAAGAAGUCUCGUUAUCAACUCAAUAUCUCAACAUAUUAAUAAAAAGUUACGAUCCAAGAAUAAAACCAUUCUAUAUCAGACUGAGAGCAAGCGAAUAUGAUGAUCUUCGAGGAAAACUCCAGGCGAAUAUCGAAAAUGUGAAGAAUAUUGUUGUACGACAAUCGUUAAGUGAACUAUUUCUCGAAGAUUUCCGUCAACAAGUCACCCAGAAUCCGAAAUAUCGAUUGCCGUUAAAUCAUCAAGAUUUGGAUACAUGCAUUGGAUGUUUACAAACAAACGCUAAUGUAAAACUAGUGAAAAAUUGCGAUGCGCCAGAUGUUGGCCAAUGCCGAACGUGUUUCUGUCGUCCGAUGUGGUGUCUUGAAUGUUUAGGUAAAUGGUUUGCUAGCCGACAAGAUCAAACAAGACCAGACACAUGGCUUCAAUCGAACUGCCCAUGUCCAUCGUGUCGUUCAAUUUUCUGUAUACUUGAUAUAUCUUUGAUUGAAUUCUAA